GCAUCACUGCUGCGGAGGUUUCAGAGUACAUUAGUCAUAGCAGAACACAACAAUGAAACUCUUACACCCAUUACAUUAAAUACUAUCACUGCGGCAAAACGUCUUGGAGGUGAAGUUUCUUGUUUAGUAGCGGGUACCAGCUGUGACAAGGUAGCACAAGAACUCAGCAAAGUGCAGGGUGUUGCAAAAGUUCUAGUGGCUCAGCACGAUGUAUACAAGGGAUUUCUAGCAGAGGAGCUGACUCCCUUGAUUUUGGAAACUCAUAAGAAAUUUAAUUACACCCACAUUUGCGCUGGAGCAUCUGCCUUUGGGAAGAAUCUUAUUCCCAGAGUGGCUGGCAAACUUGAUGUUGCCCCUGUUUCUGACAUUAUUGAAAUUCAGUCACCAGACACUUUUGUGAGAACUAUCUAUGCAGGAAAUAUUCUUUGCACUGUGCAGUGUGAUGAAGCAAUUAAAGUAUUUACUGUACGGGGAACUUCUUUUGAGGCUGCACCAACAAGUGGUGGUAGUGCCAGUUUAGAAAAGUUAACCCCUCCACCACCUGUUGGUCUAUCUGAAUGGAUCGAGCAGAAGUUGACAAAAAGCGAUCGACCAGAGCUUACUAGUGCAAAAGUGGUUGUAUCGGGUGGGAGAGGCUUGAAGAGUGGUGAAAAUUUUAAGUUGUUGUAUGAUCUUGCAGAUCAAUUGCAUGCUGCAGUUGGAGCUUCCCGUGCAGCUGUUGAUGCUGGCUUUGUUCCUAAUGACAUGCAAGUUGGACAGACGGGCAAAAUAGUAGCACCA